CUUCUUCUUUCUCUAGAAACCCUAAUUUUGGGGCACGUUGCAGUAGCCAGUCGCGCACCCCCCUGAGAAUCGUCGCCGAUUAUGAAUCCGAUAAGUUCGUCUUCUCGACGAGCUAGUUAAAUCAUCUAUCUUCCGCCAUUUUAACUCUCCAGGAAAGAUCGAAGAGAAUAAUGGAGAUUGAGCUCAGAUAUGAACAUUGCACUUGUUUUCACCACAAAUGUAGUUCGUAAAGCCUAUCGCUUUCUCUUCCCCUCCCGAAAGUUCUGCAACAACGGUAACUUCAGUAACGGCGACGAUGAAUCCGAUUUAGGGUUUCCUCUUUUAGACGAGAUAGCUGCUAGUAGUACCACCGAUCGAGAACCAAUCUCUGUUCGGAGUAGUGUUUUAGAGAGUGGCGGCGCUGCGUCUCGUGUCCUCGAGGCAUUAUUAUUACAGCGAGAAGAAGACUCUGUUUUCGAUACAAAGUCUUCACCUUUAGAUGAAUUGAAUGUUAGAGUCUCUGGCCUUCUCGUUAGGGAAGUUCUUGUAGGGAUCUUGCGUUGUGAUGAUAAUAAUAAUAAUGACAAGACUAGAUGUGCGAAGCUAGCUUACAGAUUCUUUAUUUGGACUAGAGAGCAGCAAGAAGGAUUCAGACACACGGUGGAUUCUUACCACUUGCUUAUGAAGAUCUUUGCGGAGUGUGGUGAGUACAAGGCGAUGUGGAGGUUAGUUGACGAGAUGGUUCAGGACGGGUACCCGACGACGGCGAGGACGUUUAAUCUCUUGAUCUGUAGCUGCGGGGAAGCUGGUCUAGCGAAGCAAGCUGUUGUGCAGUUCAUUAAGUCCAAGGAUUUUAAUUACAGGCCUUUCAAGCAUUCUUAUAACGCGAUUUUGAAUGCUCUGCUUGGUGUGAAGCAGUAUGGUUUGAUCGAGUGGGUUUAUGAAAGGAUGUUGGAAGACGGGUUUUCGCCGGAUGUGGUGACUUACAAUGUCCUCAUGUGGAGUAACUAUAGGUUAGGGAAGAUGGAGAGGUUUGAUAGGUUGUUUGAUGAGAUGGAUAGAGAUGGUUUGUCUCCUGAUUUGUAUACGUUCAACAUUUUGCUGCAUAUUUUGGGGAGAGGGAACAAACCGUUGGCUGCGUUGACGACGUUGAACCAUAUGAAGGAAGUUGGGAUCGAGCCGAGUGUUAUCCACUUUACUACUUUGAUAGACGGUCUGAGCCGUGCGGGGAAUCUAGAGGCCUGCAAGUAUUUUCUCGAUGAGAUGGUGAGAGUUGGGUGCACGCCUGAUGUUGUUUGCUACACGGUGAUGAUCACGGGGUAUGUUGUGUCCGGAGAGCUGGAGAAGGCGAAGGAGAUGUUUACGGAGAUGGCAAGUAAAGGGCAGUUGCCGAAUGUUUUCACAUACAACUCGAUGAUACGCGGGUUGUGUAUGGCGGGGGAGUUCAGAGAGGCGUGUUGGAUGCUAAAGGAGAUGGAGUCUAGAGGGUGUAAACCGAAUUUUGUAGUGUAUAGUACAUUGGUGAGCUAUUUGAGAAAAGCAGGGAAGCUUGGAGAGGCUCGCAAGGUAAUAAGAGACAUGGUGAAGAAAGGACAUUAUGUUCAUUUAGUUCCAAAGAUGAUGAAAUAUAGGAGAUGAUGUUAGAUUUCUUUUUUGUUAAUUUGAGGUUGUUGUUUCUCUCAUUUACAGAGUUUUGUAACUUGCAUUCUUGUUCUUUUCUCAAAGAAAGUUUGAUAAGGUGUUCA